CUUUCAUCUGCCAAGAAACAUACAAAACCUUCAAAUUUCAUACAAAACAUUCAGCUUUCUGUGUUCUUUUUCCCUCUAGAUCGAGCAUGGAAGGAGACGAACAUUCUUCACAGACACCACAACCUCCUAUGAACGACAAUAAUGUUAAUAUGAACAACAUUAAUCCAUAUCUAUUGGAUUACACCCCUUUGAUUAAUAAUCCAUUUCCGUACCCUUCGUCUUCUCCACUUUUACCCCAACCAGUACCCGUGGCUCAUAAUCUGGAUAAUAAUAUUAGCUUGGAGAGCAACAAUGUGGACUGGGUUAGCCUUCUUUCUGGUUACAUGAAUGGGGAAGGGUCGAUGGCGAGGGGUUUGUGUGAAGGAGAUGAAAACAAUGCGGGCAGGAAUAGUAAAGCCAUGAAAAGUGGUAGGGGUAAGAAGGUAACUCCAUCUAGGGUUGCAUUUCAUACAAGAAGCAGUGAGGAUAUUCUUGACGAUGGUUACAAAUGGAGAAAAUAUGGCCAAAAAUCUGUCAAAAAUAGCCACCAUCCAAGGAGUUACUAUAGGUGCACUCAUCAUACAUGCAAUGUGAAGAAACAAAUUCAAAGGCUCUCAAAAGACAACUCCAUUGUGGUUACAACUUAUGAAGGCAUUCACAACCAUCCAUGUGAGAAGCUAAUGGAGACUUUAACUCCACUUCUGAAGCAACUUCAGUUUCUCGCCCGAUUCUAGAUCAUUAAAUCCAACAACUAAUUACUUUUUAGUUAGUAAAUGCCUUCUACUACAAUUGAC